UGAGCAUGAGCAUGAUUGACCGCCCGCGGUUGCUACUCCGUUAUUGCCAGAUCAGCUGUAAUUACACAGAGAACCAACAGAUGAUGCUUGGGACCAACAUGCAUCCUCAAUGUGUAAAAACCGGUGACCUUAAUCUUUAUAUUAGGCAAUACCAGCGCCGGCCGCAUCCGAAUGCAGGUCAAAGAAGGAAUUUGUAUAGGAAAAUGUUGACGUGAUACUCGCUUAUUGGAAGCCGAGAACACCUCUGCACUUCCACGAGAAAUCACUGGGAUGUUGGAGAAAGGGCAAGUAACCACACCGGAAAAAUACUACAUUUUAUCCUCCGAUGAGAUUUACGAAGUUCGCGACUCAAAUGCACCGUAUGUAACUGGAUUUUCGUUCCCCUUAGUCGAACCGGAGGAAGUCGAGAGACUCGAGAAUUCGGUCUCUCAAAACGAUCGCAUCCGCGAGGAAUAUGUAAACUUUUUGACUCGCAAGAAACCUGCUGGAAUGUCGAUAGUUCAAUUUCUUCCAAUGGUUUUCUCGGACGAAGCUCUGGAUGGAUAUAAUUACAACGGAUCUAAUGCGCUCGGAAAAUGCAAAUUGCCCAUGAAAGGGUAUGACAUAUUUUCGCACUGCUUUAUUGGUAAGUCUAGCUCAGAACGUCUUAAGUUUGUAAUUGCAAUUCCACCGUUGAAAUACUGAUUCCUAUUUAAUCUAAGAACUAUGUAAUUGGGAUCUUAUUUCAAUUAAAUUAAAUUUUAAAACCGUUCCAUGAGAAUACUUUGUUAUAAUUUGAAAUGUUUCAGACAUUGAAUUUACCUGCGAUGAUUCUGUCACAUAGCUGAAGCGAGAUUUUUAUGUUUUGACCGGUCCUGGCCAAAAAUGAGACCCCCUCCCCACAAAAAGGGGAGAAUCAU